AAAUGUUCAAACGAUAACUUUGACAUAUAUUCAGAGAUUUGCCAUCACUAUUAUUAUCGAAAGUUUUCCUCGUUUUGCUGCCGUGCGGUGAUUUUGUAAUAAGAAUUUUCCAUUAAUUUAAUAGUUUUUACGGUAAAAAAAGUCUACAUAACAAUGGCUGCUCAAUUUUUCAACCGCAUCGGCCAAUUGGGUUUGGGUGUCGCCGUUAUUGGAGGUGUUGUCAAUUCAGCAUUAUAUAAUGUCGAAGGUGGUCACCGUGCUGUUAUUUUCGAUCGUUUUACCGGUGUUAAGAAUGAGGUAACCGGCGAAGGUACUCACUUCUUCAUUCCCUGGGUGCAACGUCCCAUUAUUUACGAUAUUCGCUCCCAGCCCCGUAACGUUCCCGUAGUGACUGGCAGUAAGGAUUUGCAAAAUGUCAACAUUACAUUGCGUAUUUUAUAUCGUCCCAUUCCCGAUCAAUUGCCCAAGAUUUACACAAUUUUGGGUCAAGAUUACGAUGAAAGAGUUUUGCCCUCUAUUGCUCCUGAAGUAUUGAAGUCUGUAGUGGCCCAAUUCGAUGCCGGUGAAUUGAUUACACAGCGUGAGAUGGUUUCUCAACGCGUUUCUGAAGAUUUGACCGAACGUGCUAAACAGUUCGGUUUCAUUUUGGAUGAUAUUUCCAUUACACAUUUGACUUUCGGCCGUGAAUUCACACAAGCCGUAGAAAUGAAACAGGUUGCCCAACAAGAAGCCGAAAAGGCCCGUUUCGUUGUAGAGAAGGCUGAACAACAAAAGUUGGCUGCCAUUAUUUCCGCUGAGGGUGAUGCCUCUGCUGCUGAACUUUUGGCCAAAUCCUUCGCUGAAGCCGGUGACGGUCUUGUUGAAUUGCGUCGUAUUGAAGCCGCUGAAGAUAUUGCCUACCAACUAUCCAGAUCCCGUGGUGUUGCUUAUUUGCCUGGCAAUCAAAACACUCUCCUUAAUCUUCCUUCAUUGGCUCAAUAAAUUUUGUGUUAAUUAUCAAAUUAAGUUUUAGCAUUAAAUGUUAUCUAUUUACUCCAACCCCUAUGGCCUACAUCUACAAGUUAUCACAUAAAAUUGCAAAACUUUUUUCGUAAAAAAGUUUAUUUUUUAUUUUUGUUGUAAAGAAAACCAUUUGUUUUUGGUUUGAAAUGGAAACUCUUAAGAAGGGUUUUAAAUUUGAGCACAUUUUUUAUAACAGUUUUAAGUGAAAUCUGAAAUAAUUCUAAUAAUGAUUUAUAAUUUUAGGAAAACAUAAUUAACUUGCUAAGCAAAGACUUAUUUUAAAUGUUUUGUGAUUUGGGUUUAAAAGGAUUAAAUUUUUAUUGUCUAAAAUCCUUUCCCAAAAAAUGGCAAUAUUAACUUAUUUUGUAGUUUUAAAACAAACAUUUAAAAGGAAUACUUGGGCUUAUUUAAAGAUAAUUAUGUUUUAUUAAUUUUUCGUAUUGGUCUAAGCAUUUGUUAUGUCACAUAAUAAAUAAAAAACAAAAAUGUUUUAAAAAAUUU